CUCUUCUCCCUCGCGGCGCCUCCCCCCUCCUCCCCCCACCUCGCCGUCGCCGUCGCCGGCGCCGGCGCCGGAGGCACCCGCCGCGCGUGCCCGUGCCCGCUCCGCUCGCUCCGCGGAAGGGAGAUCGACCGAAUUGGCCGGCAGAUGGGGAAGGCGAACGGCGUCGGCGUCGCCGUCGACGCGGAUGUGUCGGCGGUGGGGGCGCUGGUGUGGGUGCGCCGCCCCAACGGGUCGUGGUGGCCCGGCAGGGUGGCCUCGCGCCUGGAGCUCCCCGACGGCUGCCCCGCGCCGCCCCGCUCGCCGGCCACCCCCAUCCUGCUCCUCGGCCGCCGCGACGGCCCCGCCUUCGUCGAGUGGUGCAACCUGGAGAGGAGCAAGCGCGUGAAGCCCUUCCGAUGCGGGGAGGCGGACCUGGACGACCUCAUCCGCAGGGCCGAGGAGCAGGCGGCGCGCCGCCGCAGGGCCAGCGCCGCCAGGAACGCCCGCAAGGAGGACGCCGUGCUCCAGGCCCUCGACAUCGAGCGGGCCCGCCUCCGCCUCCGCCCCAGGCCACCGCCCCCCACCGCCUCCUGCCCGCCGCCGCCGCCGCCCAGGAAGCGCAAGACGCCCAACGACUCCGAGGACGACGCGCCCGCCGCCAGGCGCAUGAGGGACCUCACCGACAUCGGAUCCCCCCCGAAGCCCACCACCGGCCAGAUGACAAGGAGCAGGCAGGCCCACCACGAUGCCGCCGCCGCCGCUGCCGCCAAGAGGAGCAAGGUGCCUCCUACCGUGGACCAGGUGGACAACAACCUGCCCUGCGGGGCCUUGAGGAAGAAGGACAGGUCCCGCCCGCUCUCAGAGCUCUGCAAUGGGGUCAAGCCCAGCAAUGGCUUGGAUACUUCGCUGGAUAAGUUCAAGCCGGAGCAAACAAAUGGUGUCAACGGAGCCUCCUGCGCCCCGAGGCCACUCGACCAUGCGUUCGCCCGUGGUCCUGGGGAUCAACCUGUCGAUGCCCCCAUCGCCGCCGCCGCAAGCAUCUUGAAAGCCGAUCAUUUGCACGCCCACCAACCAUGUGCCCCAACGAAGGCUCCUCCUACCUGGGAAUGCACCAAGCGGGCUCCGAACUGCAGCAAAGAUGGCAUGUCUUCGCAAUGUGACAGCAGAAAUCCAAAGAAGAAAACCACGAGCUCUGCUGGCCAUGAGGGCGGCGGCAGGACCAGGAAGGGAAGGACAGCGAAGCACAAAGCAGCGCCAAUCAACGAGGUUAUCCUUUUGAAGAGAAGGACGGCGAAGAGUGCCGCCACACCUGAUGAGGAUGAUAAAAGCCUUGUUGUGAUGCUUCCUGACGCUCUCGUCCAUGCGGCUCUGCGGCAGCGGUCUGAAAUCAAGUGCGAGCCUGAAGAGCCCUCUGGAACUAUUGGCAGGCAUCAUUCAAACGGCAAGACCGGUUCAGUGCCACCUGUGGUGUCGGAGCCGGCGCCGCCCCAGCGCAGAGAUCUGAGGUGCCAUGUUGCUGUGAAGCCAACCAAGACCCUGCAGCUGAACCCGUCCCUGUACGACGUGGAAAUAAGCAGCGGGCCGGGAUGCAGCGGGGGCAGCAAGGGGCGGUACGUGCCCCUCGUGUCCCUGAUGAGCAGGUCGAGCAGGAGGCCCGUGGUUGGGUACCCGAUGUCCGUGGAGGUGCUGGAUGCCGCCCGCUGCCACCCUCCUGCCCCUAGCGUCGACGGUGUACGGGACGCCGUGCGCUGCCACCCUCCUGCCCCGAGCGUCGACGGUGUACGGGACGCCGUGCGCUGCCACCCUCCUGCCCCGAGCGUCGCCGGGGUGCUGGACGCCACAUGCGGCCACCCACCUGCCCCAAGCGUCAACGGGGUGCCGGACGCCGCGCGCCGUCACCCUCCCGCCCCGAGCGUUGGUGGGGUACGGGACGCCGCGCGGCGCCACCCUCCCGCCCCGGGCGUCGGCGGCGUCGACCACCCUCCCUCCACGAGCAGCGGCGCCCACAGGCUAGUGAAGGUGAAGGAGGAGGUGGACGAGGAAGCCCCGCAGCGUGCUGUGCCGGCGUCGGCGCAGAGGGCGCGGGCGAGGCGCACCCGCCGGAAGGCCUCGGAGGACGAGCUGUGGCGGCCGCACAGCAAGGAGGAGGAGGUAGGUGCGGCCCCGCGGCCGGUGCGGGCGAGGAGGAGCGUGCGCAGGAAGGCAGCAUCGGAGGAUGAGUCGUGGCGGCCGCACAGCAAGAAGCUGCCGGCGGCGGCGGUGUCGUCCCCAAGGAAGAUGCGGAGGCUGUCAUCCCUGGGCGCAACGAGCCAGCGAGGAGGGGGCGAUGAGGCGAGGAGGAGGAGUAAGGGGCCAGGGGCAGGGGCAGGGGCGGGGACGGGGACGGGGCAGCUGGUGGUGGCGUGCGUGCCGGUGCGCGUGGUGUUCAGCCGGAUCAAGGAGGCGCUGGUGAGCCAGCCGCUCAAGUUGAAAUCCAAAUGAAAUGAGGCGUUGGUUGGCUGGCUGUAAAUGAAAGUCAAAAUGUCUUCUUGUGUGCUGCUGCUCCCAGCCAUGUAUGUGUUGUGUAUGUACAUGUGCUGUUUCUGUGUGUCUGCUCUAACUCUAGAAGAUGAAGAUGAAGAUGAUGAGAUGAUGAUUCAGAUUGAGUCUGUCUGGUCUUUUGAAUAACUAACUAAACCAAUGUAAUGUGAUGUUAGGAGGAGGAUGAUGGGCAAAGCAAAGCAGCAGAGCAUAUAUA